CUUUCUCUGCAUCGACCGAAUCGCGAGAAGCUGGGAAACGCGAGAAAAAUCUCGCUUUUGCGCCUCAAUUUCGCGAUAUAGCGCACAAAAGGGCUGGUGCUUGUGAUAGUGAAGGUGAUAGUGUUGCGAAAAUUGAUCAAUCACGCAGAGAUUAGGCGUAAAAGGUGGGGAAAAGGUGUUCUCCACGUGUUUGAGGUUAGAGACUGCUGUCAUAUUUGGAGGCGCAUUUGGGGCGCAGCACGCGUACAAUGGAGCCGGAAAAUACCGUAACGACAGUCGCACUGAUAUCACCGUACACUCGAAUCCGACUGGUGUGCACAGAAUCGCCCUUUCUCAAGCCCUACGACGACGACUUGAGAGUCCGGGAGCAGCGUGAGUCUGGGCUUUCCCACUCAAACUCCGACUCGGACAUCUCUGAGAAUGACGACAAGUUUUGCGUGGAUGUGGACUUUCUGCGGAGUCUGGAUCCGAAGGAGUGGAAGGAUCAGGAUCACUAUGCUGUGCUGGGAUUGAAGAGUCUCAGAUUCAACGCCACUGAGGAGGACAUUAGGCGAGCUUAUAGGAAAAUUGUAUUAAUUCACCAUCCGGACAAGAGAAAAGCUAAAGGCGAGGAUGUGAGGCAGGAUGACGACUAUUUCACGUGCAUCACGCGCGCUUAUGAGACUCUUGGCACGCCACUUAAGCGCCGCUCCUACGAUUCUGUCGAUCCGGAGUUCGAUGACAAUCUGCCAACGGAGGCGGAGGUGAAGAAGGACUUCUUCCGCGCGAUGGGAAAGUCCUUUGCGCUGAAUGCACGCUGGAGUGAGCGCAAGAAUGUGCCGAGCGUGGGCACAAUGGAGUCCAGCCGGGAGCAUGUGGAUCUCUUCUACAAUUUCUGGUAUAAUUUCGAAUCGUGGCGCGAGUACAGUUACUUGGAUGAGGAGGACAAGGAGCGCGGCCAGGAUAGGGAUGAGCGACGGUGGAUUGAGAAGCAGAACAAGGCGAUCCGGGCGAAGAGGAAGAAGGAGGAGAUGUCCAGAAUACGUGCUCUGGUGGAUUUGGCGUACAAUCACGAUCCGCGCAUACAGAAGUUCAAGCAGGAGGAGAAGGAGCGCCGGAUGGCGGCCAAGAGGGCGAAGCAGGACGCCAUCCAGGCGCAGAAGGCGGAGGAGGAGCGACUGGUGCGCGAGGCGGCGAUGGCGCGCGUGCGGGCGGAGGAGGAGGAGCAGAAGCGCAUCGAGGGGAUUCGGCUGGAGCGUGAGCAGCAGAAGAAGGCGCUGAAGAAGGAGCGCAAGAUCCUGCGCGAUCUGGCGAAGAGCAACAACUACUUUGCCGGCGACGACGACAGGACGCGCGUGAAGAACAUGGAGGGCGUGGAGAAGAUCUGCGAGAUGAUGAAGGCGCUGGAGCUGCAGGAGUUCAAUCGGGAGCUGCAGUCGGGUGGGCAGGAGGUGUUCCUGCGGGUGCUGCGCGAGACGGAGGAGAAGCUGGAGGAGGAACGCCGUGCCAUGCUGACGAAGAACACUUCGUCCACGUCUCUCAACACAGCCCUCCGGAUGGUGGACAAGAACCAGAUGUGGGGCCCGGAGAACAUGCAGAUCCUCAUCAAGGCGGUGAAUCUCUUCCCGGCCGGCACGGCACAGCGCUGGGAUGUGAUUGCCAACUUCAUGAACAUGCACUCGCCCACGGCGGCGGAGCAGAAGUACACGUCGCGCGAUGUGCUGAACAAGGCGAAGGUGCUGCAGAGUGGAGACUUCUCCAAGAGCGUGCUGAAGGCGCAGGCCAAUGAGAAUGCCUUUGAGAGCUUCGAGAAGACGAAGAAGGAUCUCAAGGUGGUGGACAAUGCGGAGAUUAGUGUGAAGGACGAGGCGGCGGCGGAGCCCAAGAAGGCGGAGAGGGCUGAGAUGAAUGGGGCGGACAAGGAGGCGCGCACGUGGACCAAAGAGGAGCAAGCGCUGCUGGAGCAGGCCAUAAAGACGUAUCCCAUCUCCACCCCAGAGCGCUGGGACAGGAUUGCCGAGUGCAUCCCCAAUAGGACGAAGAAGGAGUGCCUGAAGCGCGUGAAGGAGCUCGUGGAUCGCGUGAAUGCCAAGAAGGAAGCCCAGCAGAGUGUCAAGUGACGAGAAGCUAAUCAAUAAACUGUUGUUUUCCACCAGGAGAAGAAA